UUCCAUUACUGCCCUCUGUCCCUUACGGUGGCCGUGUCAAUAUAUAGACACAGCAUUCAAUGGAGAGAACCAGUCAACCACCCCAACUCUUCUCCAACAAUCCUUCUAUAUAUAUAUUCUUUGAGGGAACCCCUCUUCUUCAUUCAUCACAUUGAGCUUGUUCUUCAAGUACCCAAAUUGAGAAAACACCUCAGGGACCUGUUUCAGUGCCAUCUGAGAUACACCCAGAUUCUGAAAGGUUGUUUUUGUUGAGGUUUUGGCCUCUGGGUAUCCUUGAAUUCAGCCACCAUGGAUGGGUCUUUGAGAAUUUUGUUGGUUUCAUGUGCUUUGGUUUCUAUGUUGGUCUCAUCUUCUGCUCAGACAUGUGGGAGCUACACCUUCUCCAACAAUAACCUCUAUACCUCUUGCACUGACCUCUCCGAAUUGGGUUCUUUCAUCCACUGGACUCGCCACACAAAUGGAACUUUGGAAAUUGCAUACAGGCAGCCUGACUUUUCGUCGACAAAUUGGAUUGCUUGGGCCAUCAACCUGAAUAGUACAGGCAUGGUGGGGGCACAGUCUCUUGUGGCAUAUGUGAACUCCAGUGCCCCCUAUGCAUACACCUCUCCGGUGUCUAGUUAUGGCACUACGUUGGAGCCUGGUUCUUUGAGCUUUUCAGUACCAAAGAUCCAAGCAGAGAACAGCAACGGUGAGAUGAUCAUAUAUGCCACUUUGGAGCUCUCCUCCAACCUUACAACCGUGAACCAGGUCUGGCAAGAAGGUCCUUUGAGUGGAGGCACUCCUGGUACACAUUCCACCACUGGCGAACAUGUUCAGUCUAUGGGCACUUUGGAUCUUCUUUCAGGACAAACUAGCACAGGAGGGUCAGCCACAUCUUCAAGAGUGAGGAGGAGAAAUAUUCAUGGUGUGUUGAACGUUGUCAGUUGGGGCACCUUGAUGCCUCUGGGUGCCAUGAUUGCAAGAUACAUGAAGGUUUUCCAGGCUGCAGACCCGGCAUGGUUCUACCUACAUGUUGCUUGCCAGUCCUCAGGAUACAUAGUUGGUGUGGCUGGAUGGGCAACCGGUAUAAAACUUGGCAGUGAUUCUUCUGCUGUUCAGUAUGACACCCAUAGGAACGUUGGCAUCACCCUUUUCUGCCUUGGAACCCUUCAGUUAUUUGCUCUGCUCCUGAGGCCAAACAAGGAUCACAAGUACAGACUCUACUGGAACAUCUACCACCAUGCCAUCGGAUAUUGCAUCAUUAUCCUGAGCAUCUUCAACAUCUUUGAGGGCUUUGACAUCUUGGAUCCUGAGGAGAAAUGGAAGAGAGCAUACAUCGGCAUUCUCAUAUUCUUGGGAUUCUUUGCAAUUAUGCUGGAAGCUGCUACAUGGUACAUAGUCAUCAAGAGGAAAAGGAAGAGCUCCGAGAAGUAUCCACAAAAUGGCAAUGGAGUGAAUGGGGUUAAUGGAUAUGGUGCCGGGACAGUGGUGUAGAAGAUAGAUUAGAAUGUAUCAGGCUGUGUUUUUCACAUGGGUGAGGGACUGGGUUUCUUGAUUAGUAGCCCCUUAUGUCGAGGGAGCUCAUCACUUUGUUGUGUUAGGCUAUUCUUUAUUCCAGUAGCUUUUGCUUUGUGUUUCAGUGUGCUGUUUAGACAUGGAUUUAGUGUAAUUUUUCUCGUAUAUAUAAAUACACUCCAUGUUCUUUUCUUUUUUUUUUUCCA